CAAUGGCGUUUAGCUCUUCCAAGCCUCUUUCAGUGUGAUUUCAACAGGCAAAGGCAGGCGCACGGUCAAGCGCGCUAUUCAACCGAUUAAUAUAAGAGAGCAAAGAUUUCUAAAUCGUCAUUGGACACCAUGGAACUGAAGUUUAUACUCGGACUCUUGGUGCUUCUUACUGGAGAAAGGCGGCAAGGCUACGCACAAGAAAUCUUCGGGUAUUGCACAACGCCCGAUGAGAACAGUGGGACGUGCAUUAACCUCAAGGAAUGCGGAUAUCUGUACGAGCUGGUGCAAAGAGGAACUGUUUCGACCGAGACUCGCCAAUUCCUUCAGAACAGUCAAUGUGGCUAUCGCAGUGGACAAGUCCUCAUUUGUUGUGCAAACAACCGCAGACUCAAUCAGCAGCCGGUGUGGGGAAAUCAGAGUCCGCGGCCGCAGCAGCCCCCCACCCCGCCGCGAGUUCCCACAUCGAGCCUGCUGCCCCAGCCGCCCAAUUGCGGAGAGAAUUUCGGUGAUCGCGUGGUAGGUGGCGUGGAAACGGGGAAAAAGGAGUUUCCUUGGAUGGUACUAAUCGAGUACACGAAACCCGGAAACGUCAAAGGCCACCACUGCGGAGGGUCGCUGAUCAACAAUCGCUAUGUAAUCACGGCGGCGCACUGCGUUUCCGCCAUACCAAGCGACUGGCAGCUGUCGGGCGUGCGUUUGGGAGAGUGGGAUACGAGUACAAAUCCAGACUGCACAACAGAGAAGAACGGCCGGAGGGAUUGCAAUGCAGACUACGUGGACAACCCCGUGGUUGAGCGAAUUCCUCAUCCGCAGUAUCCAGGCAACGCACGGGACCAGCUACACGACAUUGCGCUGCUGAGGCUUAGGGAUCCGGUCGUAUAUACAGAGACCAUCUCGCCGGUCUGCUUGCCCAGUCUAGCAUCACAGCGCGAUGCAAUUUUCCUAGGCCGCAAAAUGGUAGUCGCCGGAUGGGGUCGCACUGAGACCAACUUCACGUCCAACAGAAAGUUGAAGGCUGAAGUGGAUCCUGUGCCGCUAAGUGACUGUAAUAAUCGAUAUGCUAGCCAACGGCGCACCGUCACCUCUAAUCAGAUUUGCGCUGGCGGCGUUGAGGGAGUGGAUUCAUGCCGCGGAGAUUCUGGUGGUCCCCUGUUGUUGGAAGACUACACCGAGGGCUAUUCCAACUACUACAUCACAGGCGUAGUCUCAUACGGACCAACACCAUGUGGUCUAAAGGGAUGGCCGGGUGUAUACACAAGAGUGGCAGCGUAUUUGGACUUUAUCGAGAAUAACGUCCGACCAUAGACUAGAAAAUACGAGUAUGCUGCUCUAAAGGCUAUCUUCAAAAUGGAACUAAAUAGCGUGUCAAUUUAGAAAUCAUAUGGAAUGUAGCCACGUAGGAGCUGGAUUUUGGACAGAGAUUUCUACAGGAAAUAUCGAUUUUUAAUACAAGGAAAUUAUACAAUAAAUAAAAUGUAACUUUUGUAAAUGUAA